GAUAAAGAAACACAACAAAACAUGUAAAGAAAAACAACUUAACAUUCUUGAUUCUUUCUGUGUGUACAUUCUACACUCACUUCACUUCACAAACGCCUUUUCCUCACAAACACAUUUUCAUCAUAGCCAGCUAUGGCAGCGGCGGCACCUUUGUUAAAGGUGUUUGUGGUGGCUGCCCUGGUAUUCUUGCUGUGCACCGCCACCAAUUUCUCAGCCUCAGUGGUGGCGGCAGCCACCUGGUGCGUAGCCAGGAGCGACGCUACCGACCAGGCCUUACAGCUAGCUCUUGACUACGCAUGCGGGGCAGGUGCAGACUGUGGACCCAUUCAAUCUUCUGGGCUGUGUUAUCUUCCCAAUACGCUUCAAGCCCAUGCCUCGUAUGCAUUCAACAGUUAUUAUCAGCGCAGGGGCAAUGCCCCUGGCUCCUGUUCAUUUGCUGGCACAACCACCAUAGCCAAAACUGACCCAAGCUAUGGAUCUUGUGUUUAUCCUUCAUCUCCAAGGUAUGUUUUAUUUUAUCUCGAAAUGGUGAAUGUAUAA